GCGCGCGCAGUAAUGACGUCACGACGCUGACGCGAGAGGAUGGCGGCGGCGUCCGUGGCCUGGGCCGGGAGACGGUGGGCUGAGCCGCCGAGACUCCGAAGAGCCCGCCGGCCGUGCGAGGUGUAGACGGGGCACUGCCUACAGAGCAGGUCCUGCCAGCCUCGCUGGGGAGGAUGCCCCCGUGUCCGUGAUGGGCUGUGGGACAAGCAAGGUCCUUCCUGAGCCACCCAAGGAUGUCCAGCUGGAUCUGGUCAAGAAAGUGGAGCCCUUUAGUGGCACUAAGACUGAUGUGUACAAGCACUUCAUCACAGAGGUAGACAGUGUUGGCCCACUGAAAGCUGCCAGUCAGUAUGCACCUCCAUGCCCUGGUGUUCCCACUACUGGCCACACAGAACCUCCUUCAGAACCACCACGCAGGGUCAAGGUGGCGAAGUACAGGGCCAAGUUUGACCCACGUGUGACAGCUAAGUAUGACAUCAAGGCCCUGAUUGGCCGAGGCAGCUUUAGCCGAGUGGUACGAGUGGAGCACCGGGCAACCCGACAGCCAUAUGCUAUCAAGAUGAUCGAGACCAAGUACCGAGAAGGACGGGAGGUGUGUGAGUCCGAGCUGCGAGUGCUGCGCCGGGUGCGCCAUGCCAACAUCAUUCAGCUGGUGGAAGUGUUUGAGACACAGGAGCGUGUAUACAUGGUGAUGGAACUGGCCACUGGUGGUGAACUCUUUGACCGGAUUAUUGCCAAAGGUUCUUUCACUGAGCGGGAUGCCACAAGAGUGCUGCAAAUGGUACUGGAUGGUGUCCGAUAUCUGCAUGCCCUGGGCAUCACACACCGAGACCUCAAGCCUGAGAAUCUCCUCUACUACCACCCAGGCACUGACUCCAAAAUCAUUAUCACUGACUUUGGUUUGGCCAGUGCCCGAAAGAAAGGUGAUGAUUGCCUGAUGAAGACCACCUGUGGCACACCUGAAUACAUUGCUCCUGAGGUCCUGGUUCGAAAACCCUACACCAAUUCUGUGGAUAUGUGGGCACUGGGUGUCAUUGCCUACAUCCUGCUCAGUGGUACCAUGCCCUUUGAGGAUGACAACCGCACCCGGCUUUACCGGCAGAUCCUCAGGGGCAAAUACAGUUAUUUGGGGGAGCCCUGGCCUAGUGUAUCUAACCUGGCCAAGGACUUCAUUGACCGCCUGCUGACAGUGGACCCUGGAGCACGGAUGACUGCACUGCAGGCCCUGAGACACCCAUGGGUAGUAAGCAUGGCAGCCUCUUCGUCCAUGAAGAAUCUGCAUCGAUCCAUCUCCCAGAAUCUCCUCAAGCGUGCUUCUUCUCGUUGCCAGAGCACCAAAUCUUCCCAGUCCACACGUUCCAGCCGCUCCACGCGCUCCAACAAGUCCCGCCGUGUUCGGGAGCGUGAACUGCGGGAGCUCAACCUGCGCUAUCAGCAGCAGUAUAAUGGCUGAGCCACCAGCUGUGACAUGGACACACUGUUGUCUCCUCCUGAACACUCUCUGCUUUGUCACCUGGGCCCAAUGUCUUCUCUGUACCCAGGCAUCAUGACCAGCAGUAUAUAGCUGGGCACGUCUGGGCCUAGCUCUUCUCUGUGCCUUUAGUAGCCCCUACCUCCUUAUGGGCCUGGGCCUGUUAUAAUGGGAUGGUGGCCCAGGACCAUCUAACCUGAGAACCUGGUAGGCAGCUGCUGAGCUGGAAGAAAGGACAGGACCCAGUCCUCACAGAUCUCCUUAAUGUUUGCCUUUUUCUUAGACCAAAGGGGUCUAUAGUGUUGGGUAGAAAGGGUCCUAUGGCUCAGGACUCUUUGAAUCCAUUACUUUUAUAACCCCCCUUUCUUCCACAAAGCAUUGGUCUAGUUCCCAUAUCCUAUGUCAUACUAAUCCUUAAGAGUAUGCUCCAGUGGGAGGUCUAGCUUUUGCCAUAGCUAGACUGCAAGUCCCGGGUGCCUCAUGGGUGCCUUAGCCCAGUCAGAUCCAAGCAACCCCACCAUUUUCCCCAGCCAAGAGCAAUAUUUCUUCAUGGUGCCACCAGGACCCCUUCUGGCCCCCAGACUUGCCUCGUGUCUCAGGCUCCUGCCUCUGCAGAGCCCAUCAUUGUCUCCCUCUCCUGCUUAGAUGCCCAUGUCAUUCCCCAGCUGCCUCCUUCCCCACCUGGAGGGGUUAAAUGGAGAUCCACUGCUGCUACCUGGGGGAUGGAUGUGCAUGAAGAGUUCUCCUCAGAAUUCCAUUGUCAACCCUUGUUCCACCCUUUGGUAUUGUCCUUUGCUGGUUCCUUUCUAAAGCUGCCAUGCCCUCUUUAUAGCUUCAUGAUGGCGCCAUCUAGUGUCUGGUCUAGGUAUAGGUGGCCGGGGGAGGGGUGGUGACUGGUGCACACCCUUGCCACAGCCCUCCUAAAGGAAGAGGAAAGAAAGGAGUUGCUGAAUUGGGGGAGAGUCCUGGGCUGCUCAACUCCCCUUCUGCUCAGCUUCUCCAAACCUCACCCUGGAACUUAGCCAUACUGUGUUACCUGCCUCUGAACCCCGGGUGCCUUGGGUGCUGACCUUGCUGUAAGAGCUGGCCUUGCCCUGUCUGCCCUGUGCCCACCUCUUUUCAUAGCAUUAACUUUCGAGGCUGUCCCCACUGAGUCAAGCUGGAGGGAGCUCCUCUGGGAGGUAGGGUAGGGUUGCAGGGGCUGCUUUCCCAGAGAACUGAGCCGCAGCAGCUCCUAUAGCUGGCAUGGUCUCCCUACCACCACCACACUAGGCUGGAAUCCAAGCUCCCUCCCUCUGUAGCUGCUUUCAGUGGGUAGGAAGGGGCCAGACAGAGCCUAGCUUGAGCCUUAGCUAGACUAAGAGCCUCUGUCGGCAGAAGGGUCUGACUCCCACACAACUCCUCUCAGUAGGCAGUCUUGGGCUAGGCCCUCUUUCUAAGUAUGCCACCUCCAUUGGGACACCAAACCAAAGAGACCACUGUGUGCCAAGUCAACUGUGCCUUAUGUUCUCUCUCCUUAUAUCCUCUGGAUAGGAGGCCCUGGAGGACUGAGCCUCACAGCCUCAGAACCCUCCACCUACCAGUUGCCCCAGAAAUUUCUGGGGGUGUGAACCACUGGGGAUUUAAUUGUCCUUCUUGCCCAAAAUAGGCCUGGUUGUGAGGAGAGGGCAGAGGGAGUUUGUGUCUUGGGCCUUUGAUAGGUCCACCAGGCGUUCAUGCCAUGGACCGUGGAUGGAGAAUGUGCAGUUAUUUAUUUUGUGUACCCUGUAAGUGUAUCUUCUGUAUCCAAUAAACAGGCUGCCAUCCCCAGGGAAGGCUGCCAUUUUCUUCUGAUUA